AUGGCUGACUGUCGUGGUAAAGGGUUUAAAGUUUUGGCUCAGCAAACAGUUGCUGCGACCCGUCUAGCAGCAACUAUGAAUGAGAAAGACGAGAACGGAUGGUACCACAUCCAUCAUGCCGCCUUCCGAGGGUUCAUAAAAUCCAUUGAGAGGUUCGUCAAUGCCAAUAAAGACCAGUUGGAGUUGGAGACAGAAGAUGAAUAUCGCUCUACGCCACUAUUACUGGCAGUGACCAAUGGAAACAAGGAGACAGUUGAGUGUCUCAUCUCCCUCGGUGCCAAGGUGAAUGCCAUCAACAACCAGAAUCAUGGCGUUGUGGAGCUGUCAGCAAACAAGCAUUUCAUUGAGAUUCUAGACUUCUUUCUGGAAAAGAACUUUGAGGAUCUUCCAGUUUGGAAACGUUUACUGAACUACCUAUCUUCUGAAGUUGAAGAUGAGGCCGAGUCAGCGGGGAAAUGUCUACGCACUCUCACUCAGGGGAGUUCCGAGGGAAUGCACCCCAACUGGAAGGCGGUGGUCGAUAACGGUGGCGUUCCAAUCAUUGUGAAGGUCAUAAAAAGCCAGAUAGGCGACAGAGCUAAGACAGAAGCAUUACACUGUCUGAUAAACCUCAUUCCUGAGGAUGUUGUAAAAGAACAGGUGGCGUCCUCUGGCGGGAUACCUGCACUGGUUAGACUUUUGAAAUCGUCCAAUAAUUUCAUAGUACAGUUGGCAGCUACGGUCCUCAAAGAGGUUUCUCGGAUCACGGAGCUGGCGGACCAGGCUGCCCAAGCAGGGGCAAUUCCCAACUUGGUCAAGGUCAUACAAACUGUCCGCGACCCCGAGGUUCUUGUGGAGUGUGUGUAUUGCUUGGGAUUUAUCGCUGAGGCGGGAGAGGCCCACCAAGGAACCAUAGGAAACACGUCAGGGUGCGUCCAAGCCCUGGUGGGACACUUAGAAGAGGCACAAAACCAGGAUCUACUCAUGGCUUUGACUAUCAGCAUCAGUAAGAUCGCUUGUAACAAUAAAAACAACCAGAACGCCAUUGUGGAGGAGGGUGGUGCCGCGCACAUCAUCACCCUCACCGGCCUCAAAAACAGAGACCUGCAGCUGUCAGCUGUUGACGCCAUUAGGUAUUUAGCUGAGAAUAACAGCUCGACUCAGAAGACUAUCAAAGAGGAGGGCGCCUUGAUUCCUCUGAAUAACUUGCUCAAGAAAAGCCGAGCCGAGCGUGUUCAGGAGAAAACGGCGGCUGCCCUGUGGGCGGAGGCUGGAGACUAUAUUGAAGAGCAACGCUCCAUGGCUAGCAUUAUUGGCGUACAGACACUGAUCGAGUUCCUGAGCACAGGGUCAGAGAAGCUGCAUCUUAUUGGCUCAGAGGCCUUGGGGGUCUUAUCUCGUGGGGCGUUAAAUAAACAGACAGAAAUUGGUAAUGCCAAUGGCAUUCAUUCACUUGUAAGACUUCUCCGCUCAGAUAAAGAGCAUAUAGUCCUGAGUGCUAUAAGGACUCUACGGUAUCUCUGUGUUGGUGUUGGCUACGUUCCCCAUUUGCCCAAUCAGAAUUCACUGAGUCAGGCGCGGGGAAUCAAGUUUCUCGUAGCUCUGAUGGUUCAUCCAGAGAAUGAACUGAUAAAAGUUGAAGCUGCUCAAACAUUGGGUUGUGUAUGUCUGGGUAAUGAAGAAGUCAUGAAGGAAAUCCAGUCAAACGUGGAGUUUAGCUACGUUCGAAUUCUACGCAUGAUGUAUUCCCAAGAUCCUCUGGUGCGGCUCCUGGCAGGAGCUGCGUUGGCGGCGUUUGCAUUCAACAGCGUGACUCAGCAACGGGAAAUAGCAGAGCAAGGUGGCGUGAGGUUCAAUUGCUUUGAGCCCUUCCUGGUCUCCGUGGAUGAGUUUUUCCGUUGUAAUGCUGCAUUUCAGGUGGUCGUUCUCUCUAGAAUCAUCCCAGAUGAGGAGCAAGCCGUGUCAUCUGCCAAAGGUAUCAAACUACUCGUAGAUCUCAUACAGGAGUCUCAGAGUGAGACCAUACAGAGUUUGGCAGCAGAUUGUCUGGCUAGGCUGGCACACACUAGAGCAGGUGUUCCUGCAGCUAUUGUCUCAAUCCAUGCUGUAGAUUUACUAUGUAACCUGAUGUUGGUCGACGCGGAGUUGGUCCAGGGGUGUGCGGCCGUCGCUCUGGGGUACCUGUCUCAUAACCAUGAUGCUGAACGACAGUUACUGAACAGGUGUCGCAAGGACCCUUACUUGAUGAAAGCCCUGAAGUAUUACUGCAGCAAAGCCAGGUUGUCACCUUCCUUUAUAGAGGGCUGGCAUCACUACAAGACUGUAGGACUGCCACCUAUUGAAGAGGGCCGCCCCAGUCUGGUCUCCACACGGAAUCUCUACGUCCCCGAGAAGGCCUCGGGACGCCCCAUGACCAUGCUGAGUGGGGAGGGGGGGUCCAGCUCCAACCCCCACAGCUCCCCAUCUCACUUCCUCAGCCAGCAAGAAGACAGUCGGACUAAUCUAACAGGGAGAUCAUCCCGGGCAUCCAGGGCCAGUCACGCUGUCUCGUUCCGUAACCAUUCAGGACACAGGUCUCAGAUGAGCAAUGCAGCAGAGGCGUGAUGAAGUAUGAGUAGCGAAACCAGUUCACCUGUGACCUACAAGCUGAUGUAUUGGCUUCGCUAGGAAGGUGGCUCAUCUCUGUAACCUUAAACAUUUUUUGAGGUUUUGGAUUUGGAAAAUAUCAAACUUGUUAUACCAGUAUGCCCCCAUUCUAAGCACACACUUAGUUUCUUCACAAAGCUCAGGAGGCUUGUAACACAUUUUACAUUUUAUACUGUAUUCGGAUAUUGCAGAAAAUACUGGUACAUGUAGACCUGACCUCAUGAAAAACACAAUUUUCAGAAAAAAAUUACUGUCUCCUUGGUUGUACUUAAAUAUCAAAUACACAUUGCAUUAGUAUAGUUUUAAACAUGGUCAGAAAUUAUGCUCAGUUCUUACUUAAGAUCCAUCACCUGGUGUGAUUUUUAGGAUGCCAUAGUGGCAGACAGAAAUAUAGCAGCUGUAAAAUUUUCUGGGAAAGAUACACUCCUGUUGUCAGAUGGUUUUUUGUUUUUACUGCUUAUCCAUUCUAUUAUUUUAAACAUGACAUGCUGUGUCUGUAAAACUGACAGAGGUUAUUCCUGCCUUUGAGAUUUGAGUUUGCACGUGGACACUUUCUUAGGUGAUCUACUGUAGUUCAAGUUGGAACAUGUUAUCAGUAGAAUAGACCACUUUUAUUGGUAGUUUUUCAAGGUUUACUGACACAUAGACAAUCUGAUAUUUUAGUAUGCACUCCUCUGUUCAUGACUAUUUGGUCUAUCAUUUAUUCAGAUCAUGUAAGAAAUAAUUGUAACAUUGAAAAAUUAAAAAAUAAAAUCUUGAAAAUGUUAGUAAUCAUGUUUGAGUUCAUAUGUUAAAACAGUGGAUAUGUGAUAUAUUUAUUUAUUCAUAAUGCCAAAAACAACUUACAUUAUAUGUGAUAUAAUACAAAAGCAUUUAUGUUUUGAUUACACUCUACUAAUGCCACAUCAUCUCACAAUUCUAAGAGAUGUAUUAAUUACUGUAUGUGAAAGCAGGCAUCAGACAUAUUUGUCAUAUUAUUGAUAUAUUGUAUCAUUUCCUGAUGUUUUGUAUCAUUGUCAUAAUGUCCUAUGUAUAGUAUCAUGGUCGUAUUUGAUAUAUUGUAUCAUUUUAUGACAUAUAGUGUCAUGCUCAUAUUUGAUACACUGUAUAAUAUUGUCAUUUUUAUUGUUUUUAUGUGAUUUCAUAUGUGUGACUUUUUUUUUAUGCACAAACCUUUAUGC